AUGGCUACAACUCCACAGUUUAGUAUCCCCCCAGGAUUAUCGAGCUUAUUGGAGGAGUUUGUGGUUAAAUGCAUACAGGAGAACCCAGAAGAUAUUGUCGAAUUUGCAGCCGAUUAUUUCAAUAUGUUGAAGCGAUUCAAGGAAAAGAAAGCCGCUAGCAAGCAAGCAGCACAGUCAAAGAAAGAGAGCGAAGAUAAAGAAGACCUGGCCCCUGCCGAACAACCGAUCAUAAAGGGCAGAUCUCGCCGUGCGGCCGUUUCAGCCGAGCCAUACAACCCGAAUGAAAACGCUGACUUUAAGGCGAAGUUCUACCCAAAAUCUGAGGAACAACGCAACCACCUCAAGAAAAAAUUGCUUGAGCUUUGGUUUCUCGAAAAACUUGACAGAGAAGAUCUAGAUGUGAUUUUGGACUCGAUGUUCGAAAAGAAGGUUUCUCCCGAAGAGAUAAUUAUAAAAGUAGGCGACAAAGGCGAUAACUUCUAUGUCAUAAACACAGGGGAAUAUGAUGUAUUCGCCUUGGACAAAAGUACAGGAGCAUCUAUCAAGGUCCACACGUUUAAUGGUACCGGUAUGUUUGGGGAGCUAGCUUUAAUGUACAACUGCGACCGAAAUGCUACAAUAGUCGCCAAAACCGAAGGCACGCUAUGGGCCCUCGACCGUUCCACGUUUGUGCAGGUUGUUGUUGGUGGCGCGCAGAGGAGACGCGAGCGUAACAUCGAAUUGUUGAAGAGCGUAAGCAUUCUCAAAGAGCUCGAACCAGAAGAAUUAGAUAAACUAAGCGACGCACUGUACCCUAAAGAGUUUAAAGACGGCGAAGCAGUGAUCAGGGAAGGGAAUGAGAUUGCAGACUGUAUGUAUUUUAUCGAGAAAGGGAAAGUACGCGUGACAGUGAAAGAUGGCGAGGUUGAGAAGACUGUGGAGUUCGAUAAAAAUUACUUUGGCGAGCUCGCUCUAGUCAUGAAUCAACCCCGAUCUGCUUCGGUCUAUGCUGUUGGGGGGUGUAAAUUCGCUAGCCUAGAAAAGGAAGCGUUUGAGCGCAUCAUGGGUCCUUGUAAGGAAAUUAUGAAGCGAAACGCGAAGGAAUAUGAAGAGCAAAAGAAGAAACUUGGUAUUGGGAUGUAA